AUGGCGGACCCACGGGAAAACGGCGCGGCAAAGUUGACGUCACCUGAGACCGACAGGCCAAACGACGCCUCUGCCGCGGCGCCGCGUCGAGAGAGCGAUGAGAAGAAGCCGGGGUCGUCGGCCGGAAACUCGCAUGCGCCAUCGACCGCCGUGGACCAGUCCAAGCCCGCCGACUUUGAGGGCGAGCUGUCCACGACCAACGAGCUGCCGUCCCCCGAAACCAUCAGCAAGAUUGACAACUACGUCGUCCUCGACCGGGAUGGCCGGACGCACACCUUCCAGAGCCUCUACAGCGGUCGCAAUGCCGCGCGCCGAGUGCUGGUCCUCUUUGUGCGACACUUCUUCUGUGGGAACUGCCAGGAGUACCUGCGGUCGCUGUCCGCAUCAGUCACUCCCGAAGCCCUGCUGCGGCUGCCCAUCAGCACCUUUGUAGUGGUCAUCGGCUGUGGCAACCCGUCCCUGAUAGACAUGUACGUCGAGACGACAAAGUGCCCCUUUCCCGUCUACACCGACCCGACUGCGUCCCUGUUCAACGAGCUCGGCAUGGUCAAGACGCUGGCCCUGGGCCCCAAGCCCGAGUACAUGAGGAGGCCCAUGAUACGGGGCGUUGUCGAGAGCAUCGGCCAGGCCCUGCGAUCCGUCCCCAGCGGCAUGGCCCUCAAGUCGGGCGACCACCGGCAGGUCGGGGGCGAGUUUCUCUUUGAGCCGGUCGAUGUCGUGACGCCCGUCGUGACGCCCUUGGACGAGAUCCCCAACCCAAUGGGCCCCAGCUACGGCGGACGAGGCGACGAGAACAACGGGCCCAUUGAGCCGAAGCGGGUUACGUGGUGCCACCGCAUGAAAUCGACGCGCGACCACGCCGAGAUACCAGAGGUCAUGGAGAUCCUGGGGCUGCAGAGCCAGAUCCCCGCAUCAUCCAUCAGCGACAAAGACAAGAAGCGCUGGGCCGAGGCGGGGCAGGUGCGCAGGGCUCCGGGGGCAGUCUGGCCACCCAGAUGA